AUGAAUUCCAAUAAACUCGUCCUUACGGGCGUAAAUAUUGUUGCUCAGGAUGAGAUAACGACAACCACGACAACCAGUACAACUACGGUGACUCAGUGGAGCAGAGUACCAAUAAAAGGCCAUAUUUAUAGACGAGAGCUUGCAGAAUUAGCAAAUCCAUCCAGUACUUUGACCAGCUACACUGGUACCUCUACAAACUCCUUGGCUUCUUCAACAGAUUUAAAUGGAAUACUCUCUGAUAAUACAGCGGGUCAUAUUUCUAAAGCACCUUUGAUUAUAGCCAUUGUUAUUCCAUUGUGCGUCGCAGUCAUUGGUAUUGCUGCAUUAUUAUAUUGGUAUUUUUACUGCUACAGAAAGAGAGUUAAGAAACACAGCUGGAAUGAUUCAAUCAUCCAUAAUUACAACAAUUAUCAUGUCACAGGAGAGAAAUUUCAGGAAUUUGCUACUAAGGACGAUCCAUUCUCUCUGGAAAAUGCAGAAUGGGAGCUGCCCCAGAAAUGCAAAGGAUCCAAUAAAUAUUCUACGGCCGGUUCAGCAACAUCAGGAAGUUUAUCCACCUUCUCCUUACGAUCGAAAGUACCGUCACUUCCCUGUAGAACGUCAGCCGCUGGAAAAGGUGAAAAACUAGAAGAGAUGUCCACAAAUUACAGAAUCAAGAAUAUGACUGCAGUUCCUCAUAAAUUGAUUCAGACUCCAACCAGUGCCAUCAAAAAAUUCUUUAACAGAAAAAGCAUGGCUGCCACCAUUGAGAACCAGAGGACCAGUCUGAGUGAAAAUUUACCAAAACCUAAGCGAGCAGCAUUGAAAAGUCUCACAUUAGUUGAUCGUCUGAAUGACAUGAUGCGGAAAAGAAUAACACCAAAGACACUUAAAGCAGACGUUUCUACGACUGAUAAAGAAAAUUUGAGACCUCAGAUAGUAACUGUAAGGCAAAUUAGCAAGGUGCCUAUUCUAUGCGAUCCAAGCAAAGGGAGAAAGAUGAGCGAUCAAAGGAGAAGAAAGGAAAAGCAAGAAAAGGCAGCCGUAAGUUAUAAAAGUUUUCAAAUGUCACUAGAGACACUGACAUCGGAUCCCACUGAAAUUUACAUUGUUGUCCUGGAGUACGAGGCUCAUCUUCCCGACGAAAUGGAUUUAGAACUUGGCGAGCACUGCGUGGUAGAGCUGAAACAUCAGGACGGAUGGUGUCUAGCAGCUAAAAUUGACAACGACAGACAUGCAUAUAAAAAAGGUGUUGUUCCGGUGCUUUGUCUUCAACUCAUAGACGACCAAGGAAGUUAA